AUGAUAUUCCAAUCUUCGGCAUCAAAUCCCCAGCCACCAAAGUUAGAUACUUUAUGGGGAAAACUUAAGAAUAAUGUUUCUACUAAGACAACAGAGGUAUCUGCUGAUGGAAACCUUGGAAGCAGCAACGGUAAUAACAGCGGUGUCCAGCCUAGUAACGACAAUCAUUUCAAUGGUCGCCCUGGUUUUUUUACAAGAGCAAAAUUAAUUGUAAUGAAGUAUGCCAAAUUCAUUGGCCCAGGGUUAAUGGUUAGUGUUGCAUAUAUGGAUCCAGGUAAUUACUCCACUGCUAUUUCAGCUGGUGCUACCAAUCAAUUCUCAUUGUUAUUUGUUAUUCUAUUAUCGUUAGCCUUUGCUUGUCUUUUGCAGUCGCUAUGUAUUAAAUUAGGUUCUGUAACGGGACUAGACUUGAGUAGAGCCUGCAAACAAUUUCUACCAAACUGGUUAAAUAUCUUACUGUAUUUUUUUGCUGAAUGUGCAAUUAUUGCGACUGAUGUGGCAGAAGUUAUUGGUACAGCCAUAUCUUUAAAUAUUUUAAUGCAUAUUCCAUUACCUGCUGGUGUUAUAAUUACAAUCAUUGAUGUACUAUUUGUCUUAAUGGCCUAUAAACCAGGGAGUGGUAUGAGAUUUGUUAGACUAUUUGAGUACGUGGUUGCUGUUUUGGUAUUUGGUGUUUGUAUUUGUUUGUGUAUUGAAUUAGCUUUUCUUCCAAAAAAUAAUAAUGCUUACACUGUGGCAAAAAUAUUACGUGGUUAUGUUCCAUCUCAUCAAAUGAUAGAAAAUAAUGGUAUUGUUCAAGCAGUUGGUAUUUUAGGUGCUACAGUUAUGCCACACUCCUUAUUUUUGGGUUCUGCAUUGGUUCAACCUAGGCUACUAGAAUACGAUGUGCAAAAAGGAAAUUAUUCAAUGCCAAAUGAAGGGAACGAUGGCGAAAAAAAGGUUGAUAAAGAUGUUGUUGAAUCAGAAGCUUAUUUUAAUUAUAGGCCAACAAAAAAGGCAAUACAGUAUGCUUUGAAAUAUUCCAUUGUAGAAUUAGUGGUAACACUUUGUACCUUUGCUCUUUUUAUCAACAGUGCUAUAUUGGUUAUAUCCGGUGCUAUACUAUAUGGCAGUCCCUCUGCUGCAGAUGCAGACUUGUACACUAUUUAUGAUUUAUUAACUACUUCGUUAGCACCUGCUGCAGGUAAGAUUUUAAUGGUGGCCCUUUUAUUCAGUGGGCAAUCUGCGGGGAUUGUUUGCACCAUGGCUGGUCAAAUUGUUAGUGAAGGACAUUUGAAUUGGAAAAUCAAGCCUUGGAAAAGAAGAAUAGUAACACGUUCAAUUGCUAUUAUUCCAUGCUUAGUAGUUUCUUUGUGUAUUGGUAAGGAUGCCUUAAACAAAGCCUUGAAUGCAUCGCAAGUGGUUUUAUCUAUUUUGCUACCCUUUUUAAGUGCACCUCUAAUUUUUUUUACUUGCAAAAAAUCUAUAAUGAGAGUUAAAGUACCAUCCGAAAACACAUCAACAAAUAUGUCACUAGAAGGUGGUGAUGAACUAGACGAAGGUGAAUAUUGGGAUAUGUCUAAUAAUUGGCUAACUACUAUCUGUUCUUUUGUGGUGUGGAUAUUUAUUUCGUUUUUAAAUAUUUAUAUGAUUGUUCAGCUAGGUAUUAGUCAUGGUGAUAUUUCCUGA